CUUUGGCGAUGACAGGUCAUAUCAUGCGGCAGCCCGAUGAUCGCAUAGUGACCGCGCCCAAGGCUGCGCAAUCUUGGUCGGCGAAUUUCAUUGCCGAGAGCGUGGUUGUUAGUUCUUCCUGGUCUACGAAGAAGGGGGUGAUCAGGCAGACCUCAGGCACUCCACCAUUGAUUGGCCCAGGCCCCAGGCCGGAGAGUGGAGUCACCAUGUGCUGGAGAGUACUUUCUCAAGCGUCCCUUUCCAGCUUCCAUUACGGAGCCAACCUCCCACAGCUUUGGUUCUCGGUGACACUACAAUCGAGCUUCGAUUCGCUGGGUCAACAUGUCGGCUAUAGAACGAACAAUGUCGUCCGCCCGCAUUCCGCACAUCACACCUCGGUGUAUACAUUCGAGUCACUGAUAGAGUGCCACUCACGCCACGAUGCCUCUCCAAUGAGCUACACCAGUCUCCUCCAGCUACAACUCAAACACAUAUCGAUGUCUUCCUCCUCCGAGCCUCCUUUCAAACCUCCCCCGGUUGUAGAAUGCGUCUCGCAAGAGCACUGUCUCGGCUUUGGCAAGCGAGUCCAUGUACCCAACAAAAUCUGCGCCGAGUGCCUAAAGCGCCACGACCCGCAAGAACUCCGCAUAUGUGCGAACAACAAUCAAGAAGCCAUCACCCUCGUUGACGAAGAACUCUCUCGAAAGCAAGAAACGAAGCGAAACAUCGAAGCACGCGGUCGAUACCUCUGCGCGUUCGAGGACCCGGACUAUGAGCACUGUCGGUGGCGUCGACGAGAUCUGAAUCUAAGAGGUACGCGUACGGAUUGCGGCGUUGUUAGGCGUAAGGGAGCGGCCUGCGAGAAGUGUUGGGGACGUUAUCUUCAGAAGAUUGGGAUUGUGCAAUACUUUACGCCAACGGGGUUGUGCCAUGAAGAGGCGGAUAAGGCGGCGCAGGAGCAGAGUGAAUCGAAGUCGAUGACUGAAGAGGCAGAUGACGAUGAUGUGGAGGGAUAUAACACUACGGCCUGA